AUGAAGUUGAGGUAUACAACCAACCAACCAGUUUUCGAAUCUUCCGUGUCCUUUGUUCGGCCCCAUCCUUACGACCAAGCAUUUUCGAAUAUUCCACGUUGUCCAUUUAGAACCAAGGAGCAAGACAGGUAUUCGAUCCUACACGCUUUACGGAAGGAAGGAAAUGUCUUUGCAGAACUGGCCAUGAUGCAUCUGGACAUUGUCUUGUUCUGGUGCAGAAAUAUUGAUAGUCUUCUGUACAUGGCCCAAAAGCUCUUACAAUGUUACGUCAUGAUUGUAAGCUUUGUAUACGAUAGGAUUGACUACAUGUCGUUUUGGAAUUCAUCAAGGCACGAUGCGUCAAGCAAAGUCAAUACUUCUUGA